AGUGGAACAAAAAUGCCAGUGAAGUCAAACAUUGAGGAAACAAUGGCUUCGUCUGACUCUGUAGAUACGCUACUAGCUAAUAAAGAUGGCUUGGAGGCUUUUAGGAAGUUUUUGAAGUCAGAGUUCAGUGAGGAGAACGUAGAGUUCUGGCUGGCUUGCGAGGACUUCAAAAAAACCAAGUCCUCCACGAAGAUCACCUUAAAAGCCCAAAGGAUUUAUUCUGACUUUAUAGAAGCUGAUGCUCCAAAGGAGAUAAAUAUCGACUUCCAUACCAGAAACCACAUCUCUCAGAACAUCUCCGAGCCCACCCUCAGUUGCUUUGAUGAUGCUCAAAGGUUAAUUUAUAGUCUCAUGGCAAAGGACUCUUUUCCCAGGUUUCUAAGGUCAAAGGAGUAUAAGGAACUUGUAAAGAAGCAACAGAAUAGAAAUCAAAAAAAGUGGCUCCCAUUUUUGUGAAAAUGGAAAUGCCAAAGACUUGAGCAUUUAUGAAUUUAUAAAUGUCUCAAAUCAGUACAGGUAAUAUUUUAUUAAGUGAUUGUAUAAACCAGAACUAGUGUGUUUUUAAGUAAACAAAUACUCUUUUUUUUUUUUUUUUUUUUUUUUUUUCCAAAAGUUGGUGGAGAAGUAUCCUAGAAACAGAAUAGAAACAUGCUAAGACAUCUGAGUUAACUUUUCAGUAAAAAAAAAAAAGUUCGCUAUUAAAUUUUCCAAUACUUUCUUUAUUAGUCAAAGUUUUUUCACAUUUUGUAAACAGAAUGUUCUGGUUUCCUGGUUUGCCAUUGGUUUUUCUUUAGAAGUAUGGCCUCAAAAAAUAAAUUCCUUUCAAGGAACUUAAA